CCUGCAGGCGAUGGCAGCCACCGCGGUGACCGACGCAGGAGGCGUGAGGAUCAUCACAGAGCUCAUCCCAGCCACGGACCCCCGGGCAGCCCAGCUGGCUGCUGGCUCCAGGCCACCCCCACCCACUGUGUCGUCCUUCCGAGUCAGAGGCUUCAGAAGGGCUCAGCCCAGGAUACUGGGGACCAUCCACAUCUUCACUGGGCUCCUCCACAUCUGCUUUGGGAUCAUCCUGACAGCUUCAGAGCACCAGGCCCCUUCGCUGCCCGUGGCCAGUGGGAUCCUCUUCUGGCUCGGGGUCUUGCUCCUGGUCUCUGGCUCCCUGCUGGUGGAGACUGACAAAAGGGAGAACAUCUUGCUGGUGAAGGCCUGCUGCGUGGUCAACGUGGGGGUGGUGCUGAGCACGCUGCUGGCCACCCUGCUGCACACCACAGCCAUCACCCAGGACGCCCCUGGCUGCCAGGCCACCCUGCUCCACAGCCUGAAACCUGCCUGGUGCUUCAACCCCAAGAACAAGAAGCUGAGCCAUGGGCUGGAUUCCAUCUUGGUCAUCUUCAACCUCCUGGAGUUCUGUGUGGCAGUGGCUGCCGUGGCCUUUGGCUACCAUGCCCUCAAGCAGCAAAACUACUCCCGCAUGGCACUGUAGCCACGGCUAAACCCGCAGCUGUCUGCCGAGAAGCACCACGAGCUUCGGCCCUACCACAACCAAGUCGCUGGAGCCCCUGGAAGCCCUCCCCGGAGCCCGGCUCUGGAGCUGGCCGCGGCCUGAGGCACCUCCAUGCCCCUGCCCCGGGCUCGGGGCCUGGCCCCGGGACGGUGGCUGUUCCCCUCCGUGGUUUGGGACCCCAAUAAAGGCCUCUCGCC